CAGCGUCAUCAUCCCUGAGAAGUUGGACGGCUUCAUCAACAAAUACGCCGAGUUCACCCACGAGAAGUGGGCGUUCGAUAAGAUCCAGAACAACUGGACCUACGGGGAGACGGUGGACGAGGAGGCCAAGACCCACCCCAUGCUGCGGCCCUACAAGACCUUCUCAGAGAAGCACUGAUUCGUGUUCGCUCAGCCCAUCGUCAGCAAGGCGAAGCCGGAGCUGCUGCGCACCCACUUCAUCCCCACGAUGGAGAAGCUGAAGAAGCGGGCAGGGAAGGUGGUGUCGGAGGAGGAGCAGCUGCGCAUGGAGGCGAAGGCGGAGGCCGAGGACGCCGAGCUGCUCAUCCGCGACGAGUUCUCCGUGCUCUGCCGCGACCUCUACGCCCUGUACCCUCUGCUCAUCCGCUACGUCGACAACAGCCGG